AGUAAAGUUUAAAACUGAAAACCCUAUAUUCUCCUCUCCCAUACACGAUCACUCUCUCUCUCUCACUCACUCUCUUCUUGGUGUGCGGCGCUGAAGAAAAUAAGCCAGGGCCAGCCACCUUCGGCUGGCGAUGAUCCGAGCAAGUGACACCGUCGUGAUCCCAAGCCAAGAACCCCAACUUUCCCUCGCCCAUCUCUCUCUCGCUCUAAACCACAAAACUGUAGUCGCGAGGUUCUCAUCACCGGUCCGCCACCGUAAAGGACUCACCAGAGCCAAAGUGUUUUGGGUCAGAUCCGACCACUUUCAGACUUCUCCAAGCCAAAUGAACACCGAUUUCAUGUUCUCUUGGCCAAGAGCUUCAACAUGUCGUGCUCUAUUUCACGAUGCAUCUCCGUUGACUGAUGACAAGGUAGCGAUCUGGCCAUCCAACGGUUCAGAGGUCAAGUCUGAGUUGUGGGUAAAAGAAAAGCAAUCCAAUAAAUCAUCUCAUAAUAAGGGAACUCCACAUCUAAUAAUUCCAGUGUCGGACUAUUACACAGACCGUGUCACAUGGCGCGGCGUUAGUUACUACUACCCGAAGAUUAAGGCUAAAUUUCAAGAAUUCAACCUAUAGGACAGGGUGCCCCUUUCAAACAGUUUUUCAAGAGAGCCUUAUUCAAUUUUCAGGAGCAUUUUUUUAUCAGUUGAUGCUUCACAAAAUAAAAUCUGACAAGCCGGACGAGGUGCAUUUCUAUGUGGGAAGGAAGAGAUGUAGAUUUGGGAGGGUAGAGUUCGGCUUGGUCACUGGGUUAAAAUUGUUGCCCGGCCCUACUGAAGAAAAAGGAAGCUCUGACCAGUUGAUUAUGGAAUAUUUCAACGGUAGUGCUUCGAUCAGCUUCGGCCAACCGCGCAGAAUUUUUGAGAGCUGCACAGAAACUGAUGAUGUCUACAAGUUGGGGAUGGUCUUGUUUGUUAUGGGCGUCCUAACUGGUAAGGAGGAGAAGAUUGUCAUUCCUCCUUUUGUGAUAAGAAUGAUUGAUAACCUUCCAUUCUUCUACGAGUACCCUUGGGGAAAGAUUUCUUACACCAAGCUGAUGGAAACUUGUAACAAGGAUUAGUUGGAUGUAAAGAAUAAGAUGUUGAAAAGAUUGAGAAGUGAGUCACUCAGAAGGAGGCAAAAUACUCAGCCUACGGCUAUACUGAAGCGUUGCAGUAUUGGACAUACGAGGCUAUAUUACAGCUGGGCAACGAGUAUGAAGUGAGGAGGUGGCAUCGCUUUCCGAGAAUGGUCAACUGGGAGAGUAAGCCGAACACUACACUCGAGAAGGAUGAAGUGACCAGAUUAUUUGCUAAAAAUUUGACAGUGUACUCCAUGUUAUGUCUUCGGCCGAAUGAGAUUGAGUUUGUGAGUUACAUAACCGGGGGUCAGCCUCCAUUAUUUGUUGACUUGGAGGAACUUGUGUUGGGUGAGGAUAGGCAACCAACACAGGAUGCUCUGUGAAGGCAGGCCGAAAAGCUUGCCUCCACAUUGGAAGAACGAGCGGAGGUAGCCCGAAUAUUUAAAGACUCUACACCACCUCCACCGUCUCCACCACGUGCACCGCCUGCAGUUCCAGAUGGGUCUGGUGUUUACCCAUCUCCAGCUUCAGUUCCUGAUGGGUUUGGUGUUGACCCAUCUGCAGCUUAAGUUCCAGAUCAGUGUGGUGUUGACUCACUUGCAGCAUCAGAGGAUCCUCCAGUUCUCCCGUCAACUUUUAUUCCCAGCACCUCAGAGGCUCGCGAUCCAGUAUACCUGCCAUUUUGGUAAGGUUGGAGAUUGUGGAGAGGGGACAUAUUGCUUUGAGGGAAGGGUAGGCCGCUCUGCUAAGAGGACAAACAACGAUUAUGGAUCAGUUGAAGACCAUAAUGACGCUCCUGCUAGAUCCUGGAAGGCCGGUAGCAGAUUCACAGCCACAGCCACAGUCACAACCAGAAGAGGAGGCUCGGACACCGGAAGAUGACUUCAUUCUCCCAAAUGAUUACCAACCGGAUGAUGAUGACAUUUUCUGUACACCUGAGAAGACGAAUAUCAUCAGCAUCGGGGAUACUCAGGAUUCUGAGGUGCAGGUGUUAGAGACAGCUCCAGAAGUUAUGGAGAACCGGAGGAAGAGCAGGCGACCUAGGUGGUUCGCUGAGUACGCUGAAAUGAAGAAGAAGGCUAGGGCUACUUCGACACUCGUGAAUGCGGACCCACUUAGAGUGGUUGAUCGGAAGCUGCUAAGGACUUUUCACAAUUGGGUACUCGGCCAGAUUGGGAACAAGUACCCGAGAGAGUACUUCACCGGUCUAUACGAUUCGUCUUGGUUCCUUGAACUACAUAUUCCGAGGUUUUGGCUUGGGAACGUUCAUUUGGAUGCAGCAUUCCAUUUGAUGAGGAGGCGACAACACUUUUAUCCAGAGGUCUACCCAAAUAGAUGUGUCAUCAUGCCGUGUAUUUUCCCAGCAGGAGUUAUUGCUCGGUGGGAAGCUGCGGGUGAUGACCAACCGGAUGAUGAUGACAUGUUCUGUACACCUGAGAAGACGAAUAUCAUCAGCAUCGGGGAUACUCAGGAUUCUGAGUUGCAGGUGUUAGAGACAGCUCCAGAAGUUAUGGAGAACCGGAGGAAGAGCAGGCGACCUAGGUGGUUCGCUGAGUACGCUGAAAUGAAGAAGAAGGCUAGGGCUACUUCGACACUCGUGAAUGCGGACCCACUUAGAGUGGUUGAUCGGAAGCUGCUAAAGACUUUUCACAAUUGGGUACUCGGCCAGAUUGGGAACAAGUACCCGAGAGAGUACUUCACCGGUCUAUACGAUUCGUCUUGGUUCCUUGAACUACAUAUUCCGAGGUUUUGGCUUGGGAACGUUCAUUUGGAUGCGGCAUUCCAUUUGAUGAGGAGGCGACAACACUUUAAUCCAGAGGUCCACCCAAAUAGAUGUGUCAUCAUGCUGUGUAUUUUCCCAUCAGGAGUUAUUGCUCGGUGGGAAGCUGCGGGUGAUGACCAGGCUAACUAUCAGUGAGAUGAGGGCAUAUUAGAUUUGAUUUAAGGGGAUGAAAGUCAAUUCUUGGUCAGUUGGAAGAAUAAGGAGAGAAUAUAUAUGACCGUCUACUUCGAUAGAGCACAGCAUUAGGUGACCCUAGAGGUAGAUCUGGAUCAUUGGUUGUUGAUUAUAUUAGACUCGAGCGUCGGAUCAAUUUUCCCGAACGAAUUGAAGAGUCACCUGGCAAUGUGGGAAAAAUUAAAUUUGCUGCUGUAGGCUGGCCUAUUCGAGACUCAUGACAUGAUCCUCGUGCCUCAACUUACCGCCUCAGAGAGCCAGGUCAGAAAUUUAACUUCAAAAGUCAUGGAUCGGGGCGUUGUUCGACAGACAAAGACAAGCUGUGACUGCGGGAUGUAUGUGAUAGAGCACAUCGAGCAUAAUAUGCUAGAGACUACGUUUGAUAAUGUGCACGAUGAAAAUAUGAAGAAAUUUAGAGAGCGGUGGUGUGUAGAUUUGUUUUACCAGAAUUCAGCAUGAACAAAUGUGUUUUUUUUUUAUUUGGUAUUUAUUAAGAUAACAAUGUAACUAGUUUUUUUAUCGGUAUGUUUAUGUUUUUUUAAGAGUUCA